AUGGCUGCUGCAUUACGUGCGGCGACCGCAGUGACAGUGGUGGCUUCCAAGAAGGCAUCUCCCAUCAACAAGCCAGAGGGUGCCACAGCGCACAGGCCAGCAGCCGCCGCAGGCCCCGCGACCGCGGCAGAGCGAGCAUCCUGGGCGGCGCAGCGAUAUCAGCCGCCCGAGUCCCAGGACGCUACAACAGUGGCGCUGCUGCAGCUAAUGUUGAAGCGCGAGCUGGCGGCACCAGCAGGACGCGGCGCCCAGGUCAACAGCUCGACCUCCAGCGGUGGCCAGGAGAUAGCAGCAAGGGUGCUCAAAGCAGAGGCAAAACCGGUAGCACAGCGCCAGCGUGUCCCGGAGGGUGGCUAUGGCAAGGUUGAUGAAAGAGUGGACAUCAGCGGGUGGCUGAGUCAAAUACCAUACGACUCGCUGUCUGUCACGGUUGACGCAUCCACUGGUGCCCUCGGCCGCCGUGUCCCCGUCGACUUCCUCGGCACGAGUCAUGAGUGGACCAACAUCGGAGAGUACGCCAAGACCCCUCAGAGCCUUGCCGCAUUCGCGCGCGUGUUCAAGCAGCUUGGCCCGAGCCCUAUCAUGCGCAUCGGCGGCAACAGCCAGGAGAGCCUCAGGGCCGUGCCCCCACCAGCCACGUGGGAAGCUCUGAGGAAGCUGUCGGAAGCGACGAACGUGCGAUUCCUCAUUGGGCUCCCGCUGCGGUCUGGUGACAUGCAGAUAGCAAAGGGCAUCGUUGAGGUGUCCAAGAUCUACCUGGGAGGCUCCAUUUUUGCAUUUGCCCUGGGCAAUGAGCCGGACUUGUGGCCGCUGAGGCUGGGAGGCUUUGACAGGUUCAAAAGGUGGCACAAGGGUUUCAACAACUACGCUGCCCAAUUCCAUCGGACAGCCAGCGCCCUCAGCGGGUGCGACCCCGGACUCCAGCUGCCAGGCAACUUCACGUCCCCGCCCAAGCCCAAGCCUGGACCCAGGCCCAAGCCCGCAAGCGCAUCGCCCGUCACCUCUCUGGCCCCUGCUCGGUCGUCGGGCAUUGCUCCCUUUGUUGGCUUGCCCUGGCUGGCCAGGAUGAACGGGGGCACCCCAGGCCGGCUGCCGCAGGCUCCUGGUGACAGGGAUAACACUGGGAUGGUGGAUGUUGCCAGAAACGCCAGAUCAGGCGGCGACAUGCGGGGAGGGACCACGAACUAUGUCGGAGAGCGGGGACCCUUGCCGGCAACUGCAGGGCCAGUAGCUGCUGCGGCAGCGAAGAGGGUGGCGGCGGUCAAUCCAGCAGCAAGCGCCUCGUCCGCCGACGGGGCGGCCAGGCCUGUGGCAGCGCCAGCGGCUCAGCAGGCGGCGCAGGCGGGGGCGGCAAACCCGCUGUUCCCCUUCUUUGGCUUUGGACGCCGCAUGCACUCUGCAGCGGAGGCCGAAGCCGCAACCUCUGCGGACGCGGUCACCUUGGACGCGUCAUACGCGGGCGAUCAAGCUGAAGAGUCUGACUCAUCUCUGACGGCGGACGCCGUCGACGCGACGGCAGCAGCAGCAGGCGCCGUGGUGUCCUCCGGAUCGGCCCUGGGUGCAGCGGACGGGCGCGCAGGCGGCCGUGGACCUGCGUCAGGGGCGCGGGCGGUGUUCAUCGGUCCGUCGUGGCACAACCUGGCGAUAGCACCGACGUCGCUGGUGGCGCUGGCCAAGACAGGGUCAUGCUACCUGAGAGAGCUGUCCGUGCACUACUACACCUAUCUGGGCAAGAGCCCCAACCGCAUGGCGUCCCUGCUGGAUGAGGAGAAGCUGCGGGCAGCCAUCAAGAAGUUCGGGAGAGCUGCCGCCCGUGGUGGCCUGGAGCUCCGUGUAUCCGAAACGAACAGCGCUGUCGGCGGCGGCCGGCCCGGCGUGUCCGACGUGUUUGGCGCCGCGCUGUGGACAGCAGACACAACAUUUGAAUUCGCAAACGCGGGGGCCAGCGGCGUCAACAUGCAUUGGGGCGUCGGCGGCGAUAUUGGAAGGGGCGGCCCAAAUUACGUGGGUGUCCAGACCAACUACCGGAUGGGCAACCCUGACGAGCCCUACCCCUCCGUGCACGCCCCCUGGUACGGCUACCUGCUGUUUCUUGAAGCCACCAGGGGCAACGACGUGCGCUUUGCAAAGGUCCGGCGCCACACAAAGGACGCCAGCCCUUGCGGCGACGACGUCAAGAUCUGGGCUUUGGUCGGCAGCCCCGGCGCCGACGGCUCAUCGCCCGCCGCAAGCGCCGGCCGCGGCCGCUCCGUCCGCGUCGCGAUCGUCAACAAAGACGCGGAGCGCGGCUGCCUGGUCGAGCUCGCGCUGCAGGGGGCGCGGCCUGGCGCGAAGGCGGAGGCCAGCUGGCUGAAGAACAAGGGCGGCCUUACGUCAGCGUGGGGCGUCACGUGGCGCGGGCAGACGUUUGCAGGCACUAGGGACGCGGUCCCGCGGAACGCGCGCAGCAUCAUCAACGUCGAGCCCUCAAGGUCGGCGGCCGGCGGCGCGCCGAUCUACAGGAUCAAGCUGCCGGCCGGCCAGGCGGUGCUGGUGGUGGCGCCUGCGCGGCAGUGA